AACAGUUGGAAGCCAUCUGGAACUCAAUUUCCCCUCUUUUUUCACCUGUUUCCUUUUCACAAACUGCGAAGUAAGAUCACCUCGCAUUCGAAGGUUAUAUAACAAUGAAUCCUGAAAGCAGAUCUCUUCUUUUGGACGAAGUGAGGUCAUACCGCCCAUCCAGACUAAGGACUGUCGAGACCAGAGUGACCAGAUAUGGCGGUCAGCAGGAGCUUGAACGAAAAAUGGACUCGGGGGUCUUCAGUAGUCGAACUGUGGCUAACCAAACUGCCCCCAGGAAGCAGUGGUUUGCUCCAGAUUAUAGACCUGAUCUCCAAGUUGCACUUAUUUUGCCAGGACUUCUUUUAGGUGCCCAAGAUGUCGCCAAAGAUCUGUCUCGCCUGCGCAAGUUAGGAGUGAGCCAUAUCCUGAACGUAGCCACCGGUGUGCCCAAUUGUUUUCCAGCUGAAAUAACAUAUAAGAGGAUGAACAUCAGAGAUCAUCCCAGUAUGGACAUCAGACGUUGCUUUGAAGAGUGUUUUAAGUUCAUCGACGAAGCUCGCCGUCAUGGAUGGGUAUUUGUACAUUGCAAUGCUGGCAUUUCUCGAGCAGCAACAAUCUGCAUUGCUUAUCUCAUGAAAACUCAGCGUAUGCGUCUACAAGAAGCAUACGAUAAAGUUAAAGAUGCCAGGCCUAUCAUAAGUCCAAAUGAAGGUUUCAUGAGACAACUCGAGGCGUACGAAAGAGAGCUAUUUGGUGUAGGCUAAAAAGAUUGUUGAAUGAGGCAGAUCACAGAUCACAAAGGAAAGAAUUUCAUGUAACAAAAACGGGUUUUGUUUCAUGGAACUAUAUGAUAACUUUUUUGGGGGGGAGGGGUACCAAAAGCUAUGGAGUCUGGUUCUAGUGGCAUUUUGAUAUCUUAUACUGAAGGCCAUGCUUUCGAAAUCGAUGCGAAGAACAUUACUUCAGAUAAAGUUAAAUGUAUUAUAUUUUGUGGAUUUGCUAUCAGAGAUUCAUUUAUUUUACAUUCAGGAUUUUUUUAUUCAAUUAUCUCUUCAUAAGAUGCGAAACAAAUGAAUUCCAUUUCUCAAUUAGGAAGCGCAUUUGAAAUCAAAUUAAAAGAAACAGGACAUAUUAAUUAAAUAUUAAAUGAAUUUCCAUUUUAUUCACUAUUAAUACAAACACAAGAAUGUUUUAAACAUGAAAAAACAUGAAAGAUGAAAAAAAUAAGAAAUUGAAGCUGAUUCUUUUGAGGAAUAAUGGCAUCAUGCCAUAAAAGGGGGAUGCAAAUCGGCUUUUGAUCUAAACGACACAUGCUCUCCUAAGAAUGUUUUUGUAAAUUUUUAUUGCUGUUCCGAAACUAAAAUUUAUAUAAAGAUAAAGGAAUGAUAUGAAUUGUUUUUAACAAAUAUUUGUAUAAUAAGAACAAUCUUUUGGCAUUCUUCUUUAAAAUAUUUGUUAUAGUAAAAUUUUUAAUGAAUGGAAUGUUAGAACACAUUGCCUUUAAAGGUUUGUAUAAUAUUUUUAACUUGUUAUACUUUUAGAAUAGUACCUAAUUUUCUUGAAUCGUUCAGAGUAAUCACUGUUACAAGACUUUUUUUUAUUCGAGCAAUUAAGCAAGCAUUACAACUUAUCUUUCCUAGUUGAUAACACUCUGUGAAAGAUAUUUCCUGAUAGGGAAGAAUUAUUUGUGCUGUUCAUUUUUAAUGAAAGCGAAUAAUGCUUAUUAUAAACAUUUGUUUGUUCAUUAAGUGGUAUUAACCAAAUUUUGUCGACCAUGAGUAUUUUGAUAAUAUGACUUUUGUAAAUAAUGUAUAAAAUGUUGCUUUCAACUUGAUUAUUACAAAUGUUUUAUUGUAAAAUAUGAAUGUUUCGAGAAAAUAAAUAUUUUCUUAUAUUUUCA